CAGUUGAGGCAGAACGAGAACCACAACAUCCGGCAAGUUGGAAAGGAAAAUCAUUUCAUGCCACGGAACAACACUACUGUCAGCAAAAAAUCAGAAUUUAAGAAGCUGAGGUUUCUUGGACUUAUUUCAACGAGUAUUCUUUUUAUUGGCGUAUUCUUAUGCUAUUGGUGCAUGGGCAACAGUUCGUCUAGCAGCAUGACCAACCCAGUCGUGAUUGGACCUCGAGCAGCUCACAGAGCAACGUUGAUUUUCCUACAUGGUUUGGGGGACACUGGACAUGGCUGGGCACAGGGAUUUGCUCAACUAAACCUGUCUCACAUCAAAUGCGUGUGCCCUACUUCGGCGAUACGGAAAGUGACUUUAAAUGGUGGUAUGCCUAUGCCUUCUUGGUUUGACAUAUUUGGAUUACAUCCGACAGCUAAGCAGGAUGAAGAAGGAAUAUUGAAAGCAUCACAAGCUUUGAAAAGUUUAAUAUUAGAAGAAGCGAAAAGUAUAGGAACAGAAAAGAUAUUCAUCGGAGGAUUUUCUCAGGGAGGAGCUGUAGCUCUGUACAACGCCUUGACAUCAGACUGCCAACUCGCAGGCGUAGUAGCUCUCAGCACAUGGCUUCCACUCCACCUCAAGUUCAUGGAUAAAGAAGUUAACUUAAGUAAACAUUUAAAAGACUUGAAAGUGUUCCAAGGCCAUGGUGAGGCAGACCCAAUGGUAUCUCACACCUUUGGGCAGAUGACCAACAAAGUCCUGGCUGAUAAUGUUAAGAGUAUCACCUUUAAGAGCUAUGCUGAUAUGGGCCAUUCUUCAUGUCCCCAGGAAAUGAAAGACAUAAAGGAGUUUCUGGAAUCUAUUGUCCCCAACGAAUGACAACCUCAUUUUCAGUUAUGUGUAUUCAACACUUUUGUCUUCAGUGGAGGAAGUACUACUUUCAUGUAUCCAUGGCGAUGUGGCAGGGAGCAUUUAUUUGGAUGCAACCAAACUUUGACUUUCUGUGUAAAAAUCAUGCAAAAUGAAACACUUAAAUCUGAUCUCUUUAGAAGUAAAAAUGUUGUCAUCAAUUAGCCUAGAGAUAUGUGGUCUCUUUUAGAUAAUGUUGUCAAAUAGUUUAGGGUGGAGAAACUCUCCAUGAAAGCAUGUAUUGACAAUCAGUCAAACUGAGAGCUGUUUGUAUGUGUAUAAAGAAAUUUAUAUAAUCAAUUGAGUUUUACAGUUUUCUGGAACUGUUGUACAGUAAAUGUUUAAGGUAACAGGGCAACUAGGUUUUCUUACUGAUCAUCCGUCACCGAUUAACAAACCAUACACCCGAAGUGUUGAAAUAAAAUGCUUUGUUUAGGAUGCUUUCAAAUAUUUUAGUGUAAUAUAUUAAGAAUUUGAAAGGUGGUAUAGGGCAUUGUAACCCUUCGUGACUAUAUAUAUACUCACUCAACAUCAAUUAUUAAGUUUUCAGGGAAAAUCAUGAAUGUGAUCGGCUUCCAUCAUGAAUGAAAAUGUUAAUUCACACACAUUAUGAAAUGUAUUCAAAAUUUUUAUUACCUAUGUUAUACAGCAGCCUCUGUCGUCUAUCAACUUUUUACAUUUUAAUAUUCCUCAAAACUACUGGGUCAAUUUUGACAUGGGGAUCGUAAUUCAGUAAAUUUACACAGCUGUGCCCCAGUAAAUUUACACAGCUGUGCCCCACUAAAUUUACACAGCUGUGCCCCAGUAAAUUUAUAUGGCUGUGGCCCACUAAAUUUAUAUGGCUGUGCCCCAGUAAAUUUACAAGACUAUGCCCCAGUAAAUUUAUAUGGCUGUGUCCCAGUAAAUUUACACGGCUGUGUCCCAGUAAAUUUACACAGCUGUGUCCCAGUAAAUUUACAAGACUAUGCCCCAGUAAAUUUAUAUGGCUGUGUCCCAGUAAAUUUACACGGCUGUGUCCCAGUAAAUUUACACAGCUGUGUCCCAGUAAAUUUACACGGCUGUGCCCCAGUAAAUUUAUAUGGCUGUGUCCCAGUAAAUUUACACGGCUGUGCCCCAGUAAAUUUACACAGCUGUGCCCCAGUAAAUUUACACGGCUGUGCCCCAGUAAAUUUACACGGCUGUGCCCCAGUAAAGUUGUAUGGCUGUACAGGUGGGGCCGCGGUGGCCGAGUGGUUAAGGUGUCCUGAUACUUUAUCACUAGCCCUCUACCUCUGGGUUGCGAGUUCGAAACCUACGUGGGGCAGUUGCCAGGUACUGACCGUAGGCCGGUGGUUUUUCUCCGGGUACUCCGGCUUUCCUCCACCUCCAAACCUGGCCCGUCCUUAAAUGACCCUGGCUGUUAAUAGGACGUUAAACAAAAACAAACAAACAAACAAACAAACAAUGGCUGUACAGGAGCCAUUACAACAUAUAUACAGUAGCUUUCAUUGUUGUGUUAUUUUCCGCUCAGUAGUGUGUUCCCUAGUUCUACACUGAUGAGCAACUCGCCAAACCCAGCACAGUUUGAUCAGAGCCAUGAAAGAGCCAAGACUUAAGACUUAAGCACGUAUCACUUGAAGCCUUCGCUAUGACACCAGCACGUAUCACUCGAAGCCUUCGCUGUAAGUUGUGCCGCCAAACAAACUUUCAGAACUGACCUGUUAAUGGGAAUUUUCUCUGCCUUUUAUACCCUGUCAGAACAGGAAGUCUCACUCUGAAUGAGAAGCCUCAUUCUAAUUUAUCAUAAUCCUGGUUUAACAGUAGGGUAUAUGAAUCCCAGUCAUUCGAGCUCCGAAUUGACAUUGACAAACUCAGAAGUAUUUUCAGUAACAUUACUCAUAAGGCUAUCUGAGCCUUCUUGUAUGACUGCUACAGUAGAGAGGGGCCAGUAUUGUGUACUUAUGUAAUUAUCUAUCUUUUCAGUAAUGAAUAUUUUUGACAUUAUGAGGCAAAGUUGGAAUUAAUCAAGGAGUCAACUGAUCAAUGAUCAAGGUCACUGGGUCAAAGGCUAAGGUUUCUGACAAUGACCCUGUCUCUUAUAUUGGGUGGAGGAGGGGGGGAGGGGAGGUGAAGGGUAAAUAAUAAUGAAAGCACAAGAAAUAUGGAGGUGGAAGGAACCAAGAGUCACAUCAUAGUAUGUUUGUAUAUUUUGCUUCAUUACCAUUGUAUUUCUAGUCCAAAUGUCAAAUGUUAGGAACCAGAAAGCUAAUUGUUAGUUAAAAGAAAAUGUUGACUAAUGCACGAUACUGAGUGGUAGAUCCCAGACUGAGAGGGUAUCUGUAAUAUAUAACUUAUUGAGUGUUUUACCAUCAUCACCAUGAAUUAUCCAGGUGAGCGAUACAGGCCCUCUUAAUGGCCUCUUGUUUCAUAACUUAAGUUUAUCAAUUUUGGUAAUUAAAAUAGUUCUGGAUGUGUGA